GACGCCGUAUGAGUGAAAAAGCAAGGGACGAGUAGCGAACUGAACACUUGAAGUGGUAGAGGAGAGCGUUGGUGGUAGAAGCCAAGACUCGGAUAAUCAAUUCAGAAUCAGCUAAGAAAAUAAUUUGUGGCUUGAGAUGGGUUUUAGUGGAGGUGCCAAGAGAUGUCUUGGUUCAAUACUGAGUACAAGGAUGGUUAGUAGAUGCCCAACUACAGCUAGUGGUGGUAAUGGGCGUGGCUUUUCUAGCUGUGCUUUGAACAAAGGAGGCACAGAGGCACAAACCUCUUUGAUUCCACUAAGAGCUCCCAAUACCCAAUGUGGGUCUGCUCUGUUUCUUAGGAGGUUCAGCGUGGAAGCUUCUGAUCAUAUGAGUCUCAUAAAGCAACUGAGGCAGAGAACCAGCGCUCCUAUGAAAGAUGUCAAGGCUGCUCUCGUUGAUUGCAACUGGGAAAUCGAGGAUGCACUCAAGGAAUUGAGGAGAAGAGGGAUGGUUUUGGCAUCGAAAAAGUCAUCAAGAUUGGCGUCUGAGGGUUUGCUUGCGCUGGCGCAGAAUGAGAGCAAGGCUGCUCUUAUUGAGCUCAACUGUGAAACUGACUUUGUUGCUAGAAAUGAAAUCUUUCAAUUCUUGGCCUUAGCUUUGGCAAAGCAAGCUUUGUUGGUUGAAGGCUCUUCUCAACAGGUUUCUGGGGUCUGUCCCAUUGCCUCUGAACAUUUAGAGGACAUGAAGUUAAACCUUGAACAUCCAAAAAUUAGUGGAGAAACAACUGCUCAGAAUGCAAUUACAGAAGUGGCUGCAGUAAUGGGGGAAAAUAUUAAACUCAGAAGAGGAUUUAUGAUGUCUACUGCUUCACAUGGUGUUGUUUCCACAUAUCUUCAUGCAAGUCCCCAACCAGGUUUGGGUCGCAUUGCUGGAAUUGUAUCUCUUGAAGUAGAUGACAAGAUUGCUCAGUUGGAUGCCAUUCAGCGCAUUGGAUCUGAAUUGGCAAUGCAUGUGGUGGCAGCAAAGCCUUUAUUCCUAACAAAGGAACUGGUUUCUACUGAUGCUUUAGAGAGUGAACGCGAAAUUCUCAAGUCUCAGGCUCAAAAUACAGGCAAAUCUCAGAUGGCCAUAGACAAAAUAGUAGAAGGUCGCUUGCGUAAAUACUAUGAGGAAGUUGUUCUGAUGGAGCAGAAAUUUAUUGUGGACGAUUCUGUAAAUGUAAAGACACUAUUAGAUAAGCUAUCUAAGGAAGUGGGAUCACCUGUGAAGAUUAAGAGCUUUUUCAGGAUGGAAGUUGGAGAAGGAAUUCAAAGGCUCGAAGCAUCCAGUACAUCUGAAAAUCUGGCUGAGGCCGCCUGAGGAAAUGUUGCCCCUUAAUCUACAGAAUGUAGAAUUUGCCUGCAAUAUCUUCAGAAGUAGGGAUUGAGGGUCAGUUGAUACUCGGCAUGAUUUCCCUUUACGCUUGCUUACUGGUGCUAGUUCACCGUUUUGUUGCUCGUCUUCUGAGGUCUUCAUGUUUUGAGAUUAUGAACAGUAAUUUUUGUGACAAGCCCGAAUUUCUUUUCAUUUCUGUUAACAAACACAGGGUAGUAACACCUGUUCUCCUCCAGCUUCAGUGUCACCUGUUUCCCAAUAUGCCAAGCGUGUGCCAUUUCUUAGGUAUGGUUAUGUGAGCUUGGGUAUCAAAUGUCGAUAGAUUGGCUCGUUUAUAUA